AUGAAGUGUAUCAUUAUAAUUGGGUUAGCGUUAAUAGGCAUCUGUUCAUCAGAGGAUAAAUAUACGGACAGAUAUGACGAUAUUAAUGUUGAUGAGAUUUUAUCAAACAAAAGAUUAUUUACGUCGUACAUAAAGUGUUUAAUGGACCAAGGUCGUUGCACUCCUGAGGGUAAAACAUUAAAAGUACAUGUAACAGAUGCAAUUCAAAAUUCCUGUUCAAAAUGCACUGAAAUUCAAAAAACGAAAGCCAGGAAGGUUGUGAACUACAUUCGCGAAAACAACAAAGACGUUUGGGACGAAUUGAUAAAGAAAUAUGAUCCUAAAGAUGAAUUUAAAGAAAAAUACGAAGCAUUUCUUAAAAGCAAUUUUUGA